AAGGAGUCGGAGCACUCGGGGGCUUCCAGAUUCCUUCACCCCAAGAUUGCUGGCCCACACCGCUCUUUUUCGGACGCUGCUAAAAAAUGCUGGGAGCCGCCGAGGACUGUGGAUGGCUUUUAUGGAGAGUGAUGGCCUGUGGGAGACGGAGCGGAGACAGAAAGAGGCAAGUGAUCUUGUUUAUUCUGUGUGUUUGCGUGUGUCAGAGCGGGGCUGAAACACUCCGCUACUCCCUGCCGGAGGAAAUGGAGAGGGACUCCUUUGUCGCCAAUAUCGCCAAGGACCUGGGGGUUCCUCUGAGCCAGCUGGCGGCUCGCAAAGCCCGCGUUGUGUCCGAGGGGAACGAGCAGCUUUUCCGACUCAAUCAAAACACCGGAGUCCUGACGGCAAAGGAAUCGCUGGACCGAGAGGAGAUCUGUCCGCAGAGCGAUACCUGCACGCUCGUCUUUAAGAUAUUCUUUGAAAAUCCAUUGCAGCUGAUCCGAGGGGAGGUGGAAAUUCGUGACGUAAAUGACAACUCGCCCGUGUUCCCGGAGAAGGAGAUGGUUUUAAAAAUUCUAGAAACAGCAUCUCCUGGCUCCCGUUUCCCCCUGGAAAGUGCCCAGGACAAGGACGUGGGCAUUAACGGUUUGCAGAACUACAGCCUCGGGCCCAAUCCUCAUUUCUCCCUCGCUAUUGGAACAGCGAAAGAUGGAGUAAAAUACCUGGAACUUGUCCUACAGCACCAGCUCGACCGUGAAGAGCAGGGGGAACUGAGUUUACUUCUGACUGCCACCGACGGAGGGUCACCACCUAGGUCGGGCACGGCUCAGGUCCGGAUCGUGGUUGUGGAUGCCAACGAUAACAUUCCUGUCUUCGAAAGAGAGACCUACGAGGUGCGCCUGGCUGAGAACAGCCCCCUGGAGAAGCUGGUGGUCAGAGUCGCUGCCGCGGAUCCCGAUGAAGGGUCCUACGGGGAAGUGAAUUAUGCCUUUGCCCAGGCAUCGGAGCGAUCCCGGCAGCUCUUCCAGCUGAACCCGACCACCGGUGAAAUCCGAGUCGCAGGCAAACUGGAUUUUGAGGAAGCAAAAUCCCACAAGAUGGUGGUGAAAGCCACGGACGGCGGAGGGCUGUCUGCGCACUGCAAAGUGCAGGUGGAGGUCCUGGACGUGAAUGACAACGCCCCGGAGAUAGCGCUCACCUCCCUCAGCGCCUCCAUUCCCGAGGACGCCCCGCCACGCACCGUGGUGGCUCUGUUCAGUGUGCGGGACCGGGACUCCGGGGACAACAGCAGGACGGAGUGUUCCAUCGACGGGGACUUGCCGUUCAGCCUCACCCCCACUUUUGAUAAUUACUACGAGCUGAGAACAAACGCGGCUCUGGACAGGGAGAGGACGGCGGAGUACAACAUCACCAUCACAGCCACAGACUGGGGCAGGAAGCGGCUGAGCUCUCAGGAAAGCAUCUUCGUGCAGAUAUCGGAUGUGAACGACAACCCCCCAGAGUUCACCCAGGAGAUUUACACCAUGUCUGUCACGGAGAACAACAGCCCCAUGCUCCGCAUCGGCAGCAUGAAGGCCACGGACGCCGACGCAGGAAUAAAUGCCCGUGUGAACUACGCACUGGUGUGGCAGGAGGGCAAAGAGCAGCCCGAAGUGUCAGUCAACGCUGAAAACGGGGAUGUUUAUAUCCUCCGCCCGCUGGACUAUGAGAAGGCGCGCUCCUUUGAGGUGACAGUGCGCGCAGCCGACGGCGGCUCCCCGCCGCUCAGCACCCAGGCCGUGCUGCGCAUCGUCGUGCGCGACGAGAACGACAACGCGCCCGUGCUGCUGCACCCGGGCCCCGACAGCAGCGCGGCCGGAGAGCUGGUGCCGCGCUGGGCACCGUCCGGCUACCUGGUGGCCAAGGUGGUGGCGGUGGACGCGGACGCGGGGCAGAACGCGUGGCUGUCGUACGAGCUGGCCAAGGCCACGGAGCCGGGGCUGUUCCGCGUGGGGCUGCACAGCGGCGAGGUGCGCACGGCCAGGGCCGUGACCGAGCGGGAUGCGGCCCGGCAGAGGCUCAUCGUGCUGGUGCGGGACCGCGGGCAGCCCUCGCGUUCUGUCACCGCCACCCUCGCCGUGGCACUGGUGGACGGCUUCUCCGAAGCCCAUUUACGGGUGAGCGAGGAGGCUCCGGCCGCCGAGCCCGACGGGCCGCUUACUCUCUACCUCAUCGCCUCCCUGGUCUGCGUGUCGGCGCUGUUCCUCGCCACCGCGGUGGCCGCCCUGGUGGUGAAGGUGCGGCGGGACAGGCGGAGGGAGACGGAGACUUUGCCCACUUUCCCGACGAUUGGCACGGAAAGCAGCGCGGGCUCCCUGCCCCGCAGCUACCUGUACGACGUCUGCUUCGCCGCCGGCACCGUCAACAGCGAGUUCCGUUUCCUCAGGCCACUCUUCCCCUGCUUCCCCGCCGGUCUGCCCCCCGGGCCCGGCGAGCAGCGGAGCUCGGUGUGCUCGCAGGAUGCCGCCAACCUCGGGGCCGAGGGCGACUGGACUACGCAGGGCAUUGCUCCCACCUCUGAAGAUACGGGGCCCAGAGCUGCAGGUGCAGUUUGCCCUGCAAACAGGGAGCUGGAGCCCAAUGUCAGUUCUGAGCAAAACCCUUGGCUCGCCCAUCAAUAAGUGAAGAGAAAGACAAGUUUGUCUGUCCUCGCAGGGAAAAGGGAAAAAAGAGACAAAGCACCUCCCUAAAAAAGUACCAGGGAGAUGAAACCUUCUCAAUGAGAGUACUUUCCCCUUGUGCAGUACUUUAUUCAUGUAGCUAUUUUGUAAUUGUGCUGUCGAUGGAGGAGAACUGUGCUGCAUGUUGAUUACAUAAUAAUCAAUUAUUAUCAUAGUAAUCAGUAUGAUUGUGAGAGUGCUACUGCUUCUACAUACUUCGAGAAAUACUAAAAACUGGCAGCAGAUUUUCAACUUCUUUUUACACCGCCUUCUCUGGGGAAUUU